AUGGAUAAGUCGUGGAUUACUAAGCCACAAUCUUCAAUUGCGUAUCAGCAGGGGAUACAAGAGUUUAUUGAUUUUGCAUUUAAAGGUCUAAAAGAAAACGACGUAGUAAUAUGUCCUUGCAAACGUUGCGGUUUUCGAAAAUCAAAGAGUAGGAAUGACAUGUUCGACCACUUAAUGUGGUCACCAUUUCCGCAAGGAUACACCAUGUGGAUUCAUCAUGGAGAGUCCUUUGUACUACCUAGUACUAUCUCCCCCAGUAUUACUCCAAAUAUGGUUGACGAUACUGUCACUGUCGAAGAUUCUGUCACUGUCGAAGAUUCUAUUCAGAACAUGAUUAAUGAUGCAUUUGGAGUUGAUAGGAAUCAUGCUAAUGAAAUACCAUCUGCGUCAAAUUUGGAGAUUGACCAAGAAGAUUAUGUGAUGCCAAGUGCAGCUCAAGAAACGAAAGAAUCCAAGGAGUACUAUGAAUUGGCUAGAGAAGGAGAACAACCUUUAUAUGAUGGGUGUAGACGAUACUCAAGACUAUCUUUUUUGGUUAAGUUAUACCAUAUCAAGUGUUUAUGUGGAUUGAGUGAGAAGGCAAUGACAAUGAUUUUAGAGUUAAUAAAAGAUGCAUUUGAAUAUGCAAACAUUCCAAGUUCGUUCUAUGAAGCCAAGAAAUCAAUCACAAAACUUGGUUUGAACUAUGUAAAGAUACCCGCAUGUCCAAACGGUUGUAUGCUUUAUUGGGGAGAAGAUGAAGAGAUGGAGACUUGCAAAAAUUGCAACACUUCAAAAUGGAAAAAAAAUGAAGAGGUCUCUGUUAACAGGAAAAAUAAAAAAAUUCCUGCCAAGGUUCUUCGUUAUUUUCCAUUAAAGCCUCGAUUACAGAGAUUAUUUUUGUCAUCAAAGAUGGCUGAGGAUAUGAGAUGGCAUGCAACAGAUACUAACAAUGAUGGAAUGUUAAGGCAUCCUAGAGAUUCAGAAGCUUGGAAGAAAUUUGACUUGACACAUACUUGGUUUUCAUCAGAUCCACGAAAUGUGCGUCUUGCAUUAGCUAGUGAUGGAUUUAAUCCUUUUGGUGUGAUGAGUACAAACAAUAGCAUUUGGCCAGUUGUUCUUAUUCCAUAUAACACUCCUCCAUGGGUUUGCAUGAAGCAGACAUCAUUUAUAAUGUCAAUGAUAAUUCCCGGCAAAGAAGCACCAGGAAAUAAUAUUGAUGUCUACUUACAACCCUUAGUCAAAGAGCUGAAAGAGUUAUGGACAAAUGGUGUAGAUACAUACGAUUCUUUUAAUAAAGAGAUGUUCAAGUUGCAUGCAAACUUGAUGUGGACAAUUAGUGACUUUCCAGGUUUGGGUUCACUUUCUGGGUGGAACACAUACACGGGACUUGCUUGUCCGUCGUGUAACUUUCAAACUACUCCUCUCCGUCUUAAAGCUAGCCGUAAAUGGUGUUUUAUGGGUCAUCGUCGUUUCCUUGACCGAAGACACAGGUUUAGAUUAAACAGGAUUCGCUUUAAUGGUGAACAAGAAAUGCGGAGUCCACCGAGAAAAUUAUCUGGAUAUGAAAUUUUUGAACAGGUUAAAGAUCUUGAAGUCGUCUUUGGUAAAAAGCCCGUGAAAGAAAAAUCGGUAAAAAGAACACGUGAGGGACAACCUAUAGAAGGUGAUAGUUCACAUUGUAAUCCUACCCAAGGUCAUCCUCAACAAUGGAAAAAGAAAAGCAUAUUUUUUGAGCUUCCGUAUUGGAAGGAUAAUCUUCUGCGCCAUAACCUUGAUCCGAUGCAUAUUGAGAAAAAUGUGUGCGAUAAUGUCCUAUUUACUUUACUAAAUGAUAGACAAAAGAGUAAAGACCAUUAUAAAGCUAGAGAAGACCUUCAAAAUAUGGGCAUAAGACAUGACCUUUGGCCAGAUGAAAAUGGUAGAAUUUCUCCGGCAACCUUUAGUUUAACGGGUAAAGAUAAAAGGAACUUUUUAACAACUUUAAGGAAUAUUAAGGUGAAUGGAAUGAUGAAGAGUCAUGAUUGUCAUAUAUUAAUGGAACAACUUCUACCAUUAGCCAUUCGUACAACAUUACCUUAUGAGAUUUCAGCAGUUUUGAUUGAGUUGUGCUCAUUCUUUAGACAAUUAUGUGCUAAGGUAUUGAGAAUUGAAGACUUGGAAAAAUUGCAAAACCAAAUAGUCCUCACUUUAUGCCACAUGGAAAUGUUAUUUCCUCCCUCGUUCUUCACGGUUAUGGUUCACUUGGUUGUUCACCUUGUUGAAGAAGUUAAACUUGGAGGUCCUGUUCAUUAUCGAUGGAUGCACCCUGUUGAAAGGUACUUGGGAAAACUUAAAUCAUAUGUACGUAAUAAGGCAAAUCCAGAAGGGUCUAUUGCAGAAGGAUACCGUUUUGAAGAGAUUCUCACCUUUUGUUCAAGAUAUCUAGAAAACAUUGAGACUAGAUGGAAUCAACCUGGACGUGUAGAUGAUGACCCUAUUGGUGAUAUCCAAACAGGUUCACGUGUAGCAGAAUUAUUUCCUAGAAUUGGAAAACCUGUGGGCGGAUCUUCAUAUUACACCCUAACACCAAUUGAGAAGUUGCAGGCUCAUAGACACGUUUUAACGAAUUGUCCAAUAGUUGACGACUAUCUAAAGCAGUUUCGAAGUAUUACUCAGAACCAAAUGAGGCGUAGUCAAAGAAGUGCUACUGAGAUAGACAAGAAGGUUCAUAGAGAGUUUGCUCAUUGGUUCCGCAAUCGAAUUUGCAACAAUCUUGACAACAUUGAUGGAGUAAAUAAAGAUGUUCUCAUUAGCCUUGCUUAUGGCCCUUUUGAUAAAGUUAAAAGGUUUACCGCGUUCAAUGUCAAUGGAUUCAAGUUUCGAACGUUGGAACGAGACAAUUCUUUAAAAACUCAAAAUAGUGGAGUUUUUGGCAUGUUUGGGACACGGAGUUAUUCAAGCAAUAGUGAUACCCAAAUGAGAUUUGGAGGGGUCCCUUACUAUGGAAGAUUGAUAGACAUUAUUGUGCUUUCCUACGAUGGCUUCACAGUGCCCAUGUUUAAAUGUGAAUGGGCUAAUACCACAAACCCAAGAGGCAUUAAGAUAGAUAAGUUGGGUUUUACCUCUAUAAACUUUGCAAGACUACUACAUACUGGGGAACAUGAAGAUAAUGAGCCAUACAUUCAAGCGUCAGAAGCUCAGAUGGUUUUUUAUGUGGAUGAUGAGAGUGAGCAAGGAUGGAGCAUACCUGUUCAUUUGAAGCCAAGAGACUUGUAUGACAUGGGUGGAAAUGAUGAAAUCAUGACACCCAUUGAGCCAUAUCCAUCACAAGAUUUGGAACAAAUUUUUUCUACUGAUGAUCUUGGAACUUCAGCGGAAAAUGAUGACAAUAAUUAA